AUGCGCGUGCGGCUCGGCCCGUCGAGCUCGUUCGUCGCCGCCGGCAGGAGCUGGCGGGCCAGCUCACGCUCAACGAAGCAGGCCAUCGCCCUCCUAAUCGUGUGCCGGCAACUCGACCGAAUCCGGCAGGGCGACGACGCAGGCGGCGACGGUGGUGGCCAGCUCUGCCUAUUCAUCGGCGGCGAGGGCGGCACCGGCAAGUCGCGCGUCAUCGAGGCGCUCGUCGAGCUGCUCGCCCGGAGGGACCUAUCGAGCCGGGUACUGGUUACGGCGACGUCGGGGACGGCGGCAGCGCGGAUCAACGGCAUCACGCUGCACUCGGCCUGCGGCCUUACGGGCGAGCGCUUCGUCGACGGCCGGUCGCGGAUGGACUGGCAGGAGAAGGAGGUGCUGGUGAUCGACGAGGUCAGCAUGCUCGGGGCGCGGACGCUGCACGCCGCCAACGAGCAGCUCUGCCGGCUGCGGGGGUCGGCGCGGGACUUCGGCGGCAUCCCGGUAGUGAUCCUCUGCGGCGACUUCCACCAGUUCCGGCCGGUGCAGGAACGGUCGAUCCUGCUGCCGAGCGCGGCGGUGGCGUGGGACGAGGACGGGGCGUUCGCGGCCGAGCAGCGGCGGCAGCACGACAAGGCGCACGCGCUGUGGCGGCGCUUCACGACGGUCGUCAUGCUAGACGAGCAGAUGCGGGCCGCCGGCGACCCGGAGCUGCGGCGGCUGCUCGGGCGGAUCCGCCGGGGCGAGCAGGACCGGUCGGACCUAGAGCUGCUCAACUCGAGAUGCUACCGGCCGGGCAGGCGGAUCCCGUGGGAGACGGGCCUGACGGUGGUGACGCCGCUCAACCGGCAACCGCUGGAACCUCAACCUAGAGGCGGCGCUCGCGGCGACGACAGCGCGACCCCGGUGCCGGCCGUCUUCCUCUUCGUGCCGGGCAUGCCGGUCGUCGUGAACCAGAACACGCACCAGGGGCUAAAGCUUGUGAACGGGGCCGGGUACACGGCGGUGGACGUCAUCCCCGACCGCGCCUUCCCCGGCCACCGCGUCUCGGCGGAGCUCAUCAUGCAUUUCGGGCCGCCGGCGGGCAUCGUGCUGGCCUCGGAGACGACCAAGGACUUCCACUUCGUCGGGAUGCCUGCCGGGACGAUCCUGCUAACGCCCAUCAGCGUCAAGAUCACAGCGCAGCGGAAGCGGCCAUGGCAGCGCAACGACGUCAGCCGGAGGGGCCUGCCGUGCGCCGCGGCCUUCGCCUGCACCGACUAUAAGGUGCAGGGCGGGACGCUAGAGCGCGUGGCGCUGGAGCUGCGGGGGGCGAGGAUGACGACGGUCGAGGGGAGGGCGGUGCCGUCGUCGUGCGACCCGUAUAGCCUAUACGUGCAGCUGUCGCGGUGCCCGACGCUCGACGGCAUCAUGCUCGUAUCAGAGGUGCGGAGCGGACCUAGUGGGGAACCGGGUGCCUGA